GGCUCAGUGCGAGAUUGCGUACGGCGGCAUUUGUACAGUGAAGCCGCCCGCGCAGAGAUCUUGGUACCUUGCAGUCAAAGCUUUUCCCUCGCAGACACGACCGCUGACACUUGCUUCAUUAUGGCGAGCGCGGCUGAUGGAUCGGGGCAAGGUGCUGAGUCAGAAGAAGCCGGCAUCUUCCUUGACACCAGCUGCUUCCGCCACUUUGCCCCGCUGCUUGAAGCCAGCCAGGCCUAUGCCCAGCUGAGCGGCUGCCGCUUCCGUUUGGCCUCCUUUGAGCCGGCGGGGGAGGAGGAGAUCUCCAAGGAGAAGAGCGUUCGCCUGAAGGCCCGCGCUGAGGCCGAGCCCCAGGUGCAGAUCUUCGCGGAGCGGCUGCGAGGGGGCGACCCGCUGCUGGUGGAGGAGCACGAGCGAGCCUUCCGGGUGGUCAUGGUGGAAGGGGUGCGGAACGCGAUGAUGGCGGCCUUUCAACGCCUGGAGCUGUGGCCCCCCAUGCCGCCGCCGGGAGGGAUCGAAGACGACGACUGCUGCUAUGAGGAUGUGAACUCCGACUUGCCGGUGAUCGCACAGCGGCUGUACAACGACGAUGUGCGAAGGCUCAUGGCGGUGCCCUGCGAUGGCGCUGCGUCGCCCUGGCAGCAGCGGGCCUUCACCGCGGCCUUCAUCGUCGACUUCGCGGAGGAAGUGGGCGUGCCAUGCCUGCCCAUGCCGCCGACGCAGAAGGAGAUGAUCGAGGAGUUCGCCUUGCGUCUCGAGGAGUUCGAGGCGCGAAGCUCCGAAGCUGCCGAUGGCUCCGAAGCUGCUGCUGAGGAGGAGCCGCCGCUCGGCGGACGAGAACACCUGACCCUGGGGGUGGCGCAGCAGCUGCGCGCGGAGACGCGGCGACUCACGGAGCGGGGAGGCCAGUUUGUCUCAGAGCACAAGACCGCACUGGCGCUGGGCGCUGUGGGGCUGGUAGGGGGCGCCUUGACCGCGGCAUUGGCCGCUGGAGGCGCCAUUGUUGCCACGCGCCUGGCCCGCUCCGAAGACGAGCGUGAAGACCGCAGAUGCUGACUCGCGGCG